GAAAAUGCAGCAUGGAUGAAAUCUAGACGGACUUACCUUAGAGAUUGUUAUACAAAAGCAAAAAAAAAUGAAACGUUAUAUAUCCAGCGGAUCAGGUGCAGAAGCAGGACAAAAAAGUUCGUUUCGCUUUUAUGCAAGGAUGCAAUUUUUAGAAGAAGUAAUGCCAGUAACCCCUACCACGAGUUCUUUAUCACGCAACGUAACUUCUGAAGAAAAAAAUGAACUGAACGAAGUCAAUUUAAGUAUCCAAGAAUCCAGUAGUAUCAUAUAUUCUCCAAGUUGCAGCACGGCAAGCAUUCGUGAAAGAUCAGAUAGUUCGGACGAUUGGAAAUCAUCAUCAAGCGGAACAAAGAGUAGGUUAAUUUGGAAUAAUUAA